CGGGGAUCGAUACCCCGCAUCUCCAAAUUCUAUAUUUUUUCUUUCAUCAAAAAAUUUGCUCAUUCGCCAAGCAUCCGGUUAAACCUCUUUUGGGUUUUUGCCCAUUCUGACGCUUGAGUUCUGAGCUUUUCUUGCUCCUGCCGCUUCAAUGGAAUCUAGAGCCUUGCUUUCUGGGUUGUGCUCUAACUCCACCAUUCCAGCAAUCAAAGCCCCCCCAAAACAACUCUUUUUAACAUUACAUCCUUCUUCUUCUUCUUCUUCUUCUUCUUCUUCCGCUGUCUGCUUCAAAACCCCCCUAUUAGUGUCUAGGACAAGUGCAAAAGCAUAUUUUAAGAGAUUGGAAUGUGUGAACAGUACUGAGAAAUUGGGGAAUGUUGUUUUUGACAAGGAAGAUUACAAAAACCCUGAUAUCAAGAGGAAAAAGCUUGCUGUUUUCGUCUCCGGCGGAGGUUCAAACUUCAAGUCAAUUCAUCAAGCUUGCCUUCAGGGAACAGCAAAUGGUGACGUUGUCGUCUUGGUCACAAAUAAAAACGGUUGUGGAGGUGCAGAGUAUGCAAGAAAUAAGAAAAUCCCACUUAUUUUGCUCCCUAGAACCAAAGAGGAACCUGAUGGACUAUCCCCGAGUGACCUUGUAACUGCUCUGAGGGAAUUUGAUGUUGACUUCAUUCUUCUAGCUGGAUAUCUCAAACUUAUACCAGUAGAAUUGAUCCAAGCUUAUCCCAAAUGCAUAUUAAAUAUCCAUCCAUCACUUCUUCCAGCCUUUGGAGGCAAAGGCUACUAUGGUAUGAAGGUUCAUAAAGCAGUCAUUGCUUCUGGAGCAAGAUACUCGGGGGCAACUAUACAUUUUGUUGAUGAGCAUUAUGACACAGGGCGUAUCCUUGCUCAAAGAGUUGUUCCUGUGCUUGCAAAUGACACUGCAGAGGAGCUGGCUGCAAGGGUUCUCAGAGAAGAGCAUCAGUUAUAUGUUGAGGUCACGACAGCAUUAUGUGAAGAGCGUAUAAUUUGGAGGGAAGAUGGUGUCCCUCUCAUUGUAAGUAGGGAAAACCCAAAUGAAUACAGCUAGCAUUGCAUAUGGUUGUAUCCUGCAGGAGGUGUAACGCAUGCAAUUGUUAUAUCGGGGUCUUUAUUGUGAUGCGGAUGAAAUUGAGAUUAAAUCUGCACUAAGCAAAAUCACUUCAUCUACACAGAAGUUGUUCAGUUGAGCAUAUAGAUUGCAAGCUUACCUUAUCCUAUCCUUUGCUGAAGGCUAAUUCUAGCUUAAAUUAAAAAAAAUUUUCCAUUAGAGCUUCUUCAAUGAAGCUGAAUUAAAUUGGUUUUUAUGCCUUAGGUAUCGUAAUCUCUAAUCUCUGGUCAGUUUUAGAUAUACUUGGCCAACUUGAGUUGCGUAUUACAGUCAUUAUAUAUUCAGUUUGAUCUUUAAUACAAACUUUUGGAAAUCAGCUUACACAAGAGAAUGUGAAGAAGUUGUUGAGCUGGAAAACUAUGAGCAGGAGCACUGUUCUCUUCUUAUGUCGAAUUUUGGAAAACAUUGUAUUAGUUGAAAUGGGGAACCGAUUUAUACCAAUGAUGUAGAAUGCUAUUAUAAGAAAGGAACGUUUUAAUGAGA